UUGACCACCUAUAGGCGCUCAAAGCUGCGCAAACUGAUCCCGGUUAGGCGCUUCCCUGAAUGGACCGGGACAAUCCCUCAGAUUACAGCUUGACCCACAGGAUUUGUGCACCUGACUCGACCGGAAACAGUCAGAGAUGAACCAACACUGAUGUAGGUUUAUUUUAUCUUCCUGGAUAUAGUUAGGAAAGAACAUUAUAGUCACUUUUAGGGGUUUAAUUUAUGCAAGGCUGUAAUAUCUCCAUGUGAGGCUUUCAUAGCGGAUUUUACGCAGAUAUUCCGGCUGAAUUAUGCAGAGGAUGCGCUGUUAACAAAAUCUGAGUUUAUCACCAGAUUAUAAUGAAUGAUAUUCCUGCUUCCGGUGGAAACCUCGGCUGUAAUCCUCGCAGAUUUCCGCGCACAGAUGGAUUGCGUCCUGACCGUCAGCCGGGGACGCCACGGUAUGUAAACUGGAUGAAUUCUGCCGCUAUGUUUGCGCCUUUUUUACUGAACUGAAUCUGAAUCAAAAUGAGGAAAGCUGUUCUGAAAGAAGCCGCAAAGCGCUUCCCCUGGCUGGCCAACGUCACCUUGUACGGCUGCUUGUUCGCCGGCGGGGAUUUGGCGCAUCAGCUGAUUGCGCACAGAGAGCGCAUCGACUGGAAACACACCCGCAACGUGGCCAUCGUGGCCAUCACCUUCCAGGGAAACUUUAACUACUUCUGGCUGCGCGCUCUGGAGAAACGCUUCCCCGGAAAAUCCGCAGGGAUGGUUUUCCGCAAACUGCUGCUGGACCAAAGCUUUGCGUCACCUUUGGCCACCAGCGUCUUCUACACAGGUGUGAGUUUCCUGGAAGGAAAGGAAGACAUCCUGGAAGACUGGAGGGAGAAAUUCUUUAACACCUGGAGGACUGGACUCAUGUACUGGCCCUUUAUGCAGUUUCUGAACUUUGUCCUGAUGCCGCUGCACAUGCGGACCGCCUUCAUGGGCUGCUGCGCCUUCCUCUGGGCCUCCUUCCUGUGUUUCUCCCGGCAGGACGGCGACGGCACCGCCACCGUGGCCCUGGCCUUCAUCAUGGACCCCCGGAAAACUCUGGAGGAGAUGCGUGAGGCUCGGCUGGCCCGGAAGAGGCAUAAAAUUCAGAGGGAAAACUAAAUGUUUUCGUCUAUAUCCAUCUCAAACGCACACAUGCAGCAACAAAUCAGGCAGGAAAUGUCUGAAAAAAGACUUCAGCUUUAUUCAACGCCAAGAAGUUAUUGAAGUACCCAUUUAUGGUCUGACGCAGCCACUGGAAUGUCAAGAAAUAAAACUGUUUAUUGAGUAAAAUUGGGGUCAGGCAGCUAAAAAAACAAAGGUAAAUGGCAGUAUUAUGAUAGUGCAGCCAGAAAAAUCCAUAACUAGAUUCAAUUUAGACCAAAUGAGGGAAAAUGUCCAAACGCUUUGAUCCAGAAAUUAUGCUUUAGUCUAAUAACUGGGGUUUACUGCUAGGGAACCAAAAGGACAAAUUGGGCGCAAUUAAAAACUCUAAGGCUUAAUAACUUCUGUUUUUCACCAGCUGUGCCUUUACCUGGUGAUGUGACUGCCAUAAUCUGCAGUAAUCCAUCAAACAUGUGAUUCAAUUCUAGUUUGUGUCAUGGAUCACAAACUUAAUACUUGAAAAUCCGUUUUUUUAUCUGGGAAAUAUGAAGAAGCUUAGAAAAUGUAAGCAGAAAUGAAAAAAUACUCGUGAAUUCAAGGUAAGAUUGGGAGAUUAUCUGUUAAUAAUCAAUGAAUAAAGCAGUUUACAGGUCAUGAAGGAUGAAUGUGGAUUUGAAAAAUGGUAAAGAUCUAAACCAACCACAGACUUUUAGGUGUGUAAAAAUUUAUUUUCUUUUAUCUUUUAUUUUCUGUGACUUGCUGAUAAACCUAAAACAUAAAACAGGCAGACCAAACAUCAAAUUCAAUUAAAUUAAAAUAAAUAUAUACUAAUUAAUUUAGGUUUAUGAGUUAAUCAUCACUCCGAUCAUAUAUUUAUGCAGCACUCCCGAAAUGGAGCUAAAUUGGUGCCAUAAAGUUUAGUCAAAAGAUAAAAUAUUUGAA